AUGCUGUUCGCUUUCGCGAUUGCCGUCUGCUCAAUCUUGAGCCAGUCAACAGCUACUCCCGUGCUCUCUCGAGAUGGACACCCAACUUCCGUGGUAAACAAAACAAACUGCAACGGAAAGACAUACAUCUAUGAAGAGCUAGCAGGCUGGGGUCUCCUACCGUCCGACGCCCGCGACAAGUUCGGCGACACCAUCGGCGGCAUUGGAAGCGCGAUUGCCCUUGACAAGAAGUCAUGGAAAAGGAAAGACGGCAAGCAGGAAGCCUACACGGGCGUCGUGUACGGCCUUCCCGAUCGUGGUUGGAAUACCGAGGGCACGCAGAACACACAGGGUCGCAUUCAUAAGUUUAGCGUCACUUUGGAUGUUGUAGAUGGUGCUACGGUUGAAAAUCCGGCGAAACCGAACUUUCACGUUGAGUAUCUGGAUACUAUCUUGCUCUUUGGUCCGGAUGGUACACCUACGACAGGUCUUGAUGCGGAUGUCAGUCAGGUGGCAUCCUAUAAAGGCUUCCCUGAUCUACCAGUUGCUAUUUACACUGGCGACGGCUUUGGAGGAGAAGGUCCGGGUGGCAAGAGAGUUUCAAUCGAUGCGGAAGGACUUGUCUUGGGAGAUGACGGCACCUUCUGGGUGAGCGAUGAAUAUGGGCCAUACAUCUAUCAAUUCGACAAACGCGGAAAGAUGGUUCGCGCAAUCCGACCCCCAGAUGCAUUCAUUCCAAUCCGUAAUGGAACUCAAAGUUUCAAUGCGAACUCGCCACCAAUCUAUAACCCCGAUUUGGAAACAUCACCAAAAGAUCCAAAAACAGGAAGGUCAAACAAUCAAGGUCUUGAAGCCCUCACCAGCAGUCCGGAUGGAAAGUAUCUAUACGCUCUUCUGCAGAGCUCUACUAUGCAAGAAGGCGGCGACAAGUCAUCCACCCGCCGCAACACCCGCUUCCUCAAGUAUCGUGUAAAGAAAGACUCCAUCUCCUACGAGGAAGAAUACAUCGUCCAGCUACCACUCACACCAGGCACGGGCAGAGUCGCCAGCCAAUCCGAAAUCCACUACAUCUCCCCAACCCAAUUCCUCGUCCUAUCCCGUGACUCCGGAGCCGGACACGGCCAAGAUGCAUCCGAGUCCAAGUACCGCAAUGCGGACGUCUUCGACAUCUCCAAAGCGACCAACAUCAAGAGCAAGAAGAACGACGCCUUCGAUGGCGCAGUGGUGAGCCGAAAUGGAACCUUGAACGCGGAUAUCAAGCCUGCGGAGUACUGUCCUUGGUUGUCGUACAAUAACAACGACCAACUAGGCCGCUUCGGCGCCCAUAAUGGCGGAGCGCAGGAUGCCGGAUUGUUGAAUGAGAAGUGGGAGUCUUUCGCUCUGGGGCCGGUGGAUAAGAAGUUUGCUACUAAGGGCGAGGGCAAGGAGUACUAUCUCAUAUCGUUCUCUGAUAAUGACUUCAUAACGCAAAACGGAUAUAUCAAUGGAGGGAAGAACAAGUAUGCGGAUGGAUCAGGAUUCAAUCUGGACAAUCAGGUCCUGGUGUUCAAAGUUCGUUUGCCGGAGGGUUCUGAUCCUCUGUGAACGCUGCCAAGUGUAUAGGUUAAGGUGUCCUGGUCUUGCUUGGAUAUAUGGAUAUUAGAGAAAA